AUGGAUCGGUAUCCGGACGUACGAAUCGAGAACAUAGUUUACGACCCCUCACAUCAUCACAGACACACUACAUCAUUGCCAACACCUCUUCCAUCACCAGCCUUUGGCACCGAGUUUGAGCCUCAUUGUCGAUACUCGCACUCACAUUCCCACCGGGGACACCUUGCUCCUCCGUCUCCUACAUCUCCAGCAUUUUCAGAAACCUUCUUAUCUGGUACCAAAACCAACGACAAGAUGUGCGUCAAGGAUAUCACCUACGACGCCUCCGCUCGGGUUGUCAACGAGACUGUUUUUGCCUGCAGGCCCGACGGAUUGUGCGCUGUUCCUGAGAUCAGGAAGCACUAUCCGUCAAGCAGAAGCGAGCCCAGGUACGGCGGAUACCUGCCUUCGCAUCUGCCGCCCACACCUCGCGAAUCCAAGGAGCCUUCGCCCAUAGGCAAGCGGGACUCUGGUUACCUCCAUGGAACUCGAGUCACCGACCCUGCGCGCUCCACCAAACACAACGACGACUACCCGAAUUACAAGUAUAGCAGCAGCCCAACUGACAGCAAGCACAAGUCGGAUGUUUACACGCGUCCCUCCGUCGUGCUCACGCAGACCCUCGGCGUCCCUCAUGAGGACAAGACUCGUCGGCGCUCCCCCCACGAUCGCGAACCCAGCCCUAAGCGCAGCCCUAGUAUUCCCUACCGUGAGCACUCCAAGAGCGACCGCGGCUACGAUGUUAUCGUGAGCAACCCCACUGACGAGGACCGUCGACGUCGUCGUGCUCACAAGCCCUCUGAUGCCGUUUCCACCACGGCCACUACCGGCAUCCCUACCUCCUCUCGCCCUCCCCUCUCUAGCCACAACCCCGGCCGCUACGGAUCCAGCCCCAACGGCCCCAGCGGCAUGGAGUCACUCCGCCGGAGGAACAGCGUCUCUUCUCGUAAUGAUGAUGCCGGCCGUACACCUCGCCCAAGAACCGUUUCGGGCGGAUCUCGGUCUCGCGCCUCGUCCGUCGGCGUUCGCUUUGCUGAUGAAGUCGAGUCCAAGAUCAAGCAGCAGAACGCCGAGAUCGCCAGCCGCUCCAACAAGCCGACCACAGAGCAGGGCACCAACCAGCCUGAGCUCAAGGGCAUUCUCAAGAAGCCUGCUGGUGCCCGCGAGGAGAGCAAGGACCGUAGCAAGGAACGCAACAACAAGGGAAAGGGAGCAGAGGUGGACAUGACUGUCGAGGAGUUGAGGAGGUCAGUAGAGAGCUUGGGGCUCAGGGGAUCCUCCACUCGGGACAGGGAGAGGGAGAGCAACGUAUCUUCGUCUCUCACUGGGACUGCAGUGGAAGGUAUCGAUUACAAUCGGUUGAAGAGCAGGUUUGAGAGGGAUAAUGGUGGAAGCACUGCACGGCACGGAAGGGAGAGGGGCCCCAAGGUGUGGGAAGGGGACCGCUACAGCUAUUAUCAUUGA